CAGCCCAUCCCGACGACAUGAUCCGCGUGACGAUCACGGCAACCUCGAGUUCGCAGGCCACCAUCCUGGUCGAGAACCUGAGCCUGGCGCCGACGGCCCCCGUGACGGCGGUCCAGGUCAGCCUGAGCAACGGGUCGCCGCUCUGCCGCAUCGACGCCGAGUGGAUCGUGGAGAACUUCAAGGUUAACGGCAACCAGACGCCCUUUGGCCGCUUCCAGGACGUCUGGUUCCAGACCUGCGAGGCCAAGACGACGAGCGGCUCCACGAUCGGCAUCAACGGCGCCUCCAUGAUCUACCUGCAGAACAACGGGCCCAACCCCAACUGCUUCGCCUACGAGUACAGCAACUCGGCCUUUUGGACCGAGUCGUCCUAAGCUCCCCGGCGCCUCCGGCUGCGUUCCCGGGACCCAGCCCCGGGAGCUGCCGUGUAACCCGAUUUUUUUCAACUUGAUAUUUUUGUCUCUGGCUUGGAUACGACACACUCGCUUGAUACUUUGAGGCUACGGGGUUAGGGGAAUGGUUAUAUCUCGGAAGGGGGGUUUCGGGCUUUAUUUCUUAUAAAACGAAGCGCGAUUUUGUCAAUGUAAUAUUAGUAUCAGUUGACUCGGCCGUGGGCAGCUCGCAGUCAACCCUAUGGCCAUUCCAUGCCGCAUGGUAUGAAUAUACGGGGUUCCCUU